UUUCUUUUUAAAAAAUGCGUUUCUAAAGUGCAUAAACUUUUGGGAUUGACUGUAUAGCCAAUACAUCCUUAAUAACGGUGGUAUCACGUUAUUGUUGAGCUUUCAUUUGCUUUUGUUGCAAUUGUUGCUCUUACGAAUUUUGUUGUAUUUUAUGAUUUUAACAAUGUUAUAUAGAAAUGUAAAAGUUAUAUAGACACGUGUACAUGUAAAUUAUCCUCUUUUUAAAUCAUCGUACUUUUGACAGUAUACAAAAGAGUAGGAAAACACUUUUGUGGACUAUGUUUCAUAUUGUGCGUAUAUACCGAAGUUUGCAUAAUUAUUGAAUGAAAUUUCGUUGAACACGUGAUUAUCAAAGACUGGCCCAUAUUUCUGCACAAUUGUAGACGCUGUAUUCGAGUAGGUUUUAACAGGAGCGGUGAAUUACACCGUCAAUACUUGUAGCAACAUCAUAUAUAUAUAUACAUGUAUUCUAUAUAAUUGGACGUGAAUCUUGUUUACGUAAUAUUUAUGCUGAAGCACAGUAAGAAGUAACAUCUUGAGCCGCUUCUUUCACGUAAUAUAUUUGUAAGAAAUUAACGAGCUUCCAAAGGCCGAAUAAUAAUCAGUAUUUAGAUCUUGUUACUUUCCAGUAGAUGAUGUCAAUUUUACCUAAAGUAAGAGUAGCCUGCAAUCUAUAUACGAAAAUUAUUAUUCCGGCAUAUUUCAAGCGUUAAUUUCCGAUAAAUUCUUAUUACUUUUGUAGCGAUUUUAUUUCAUCUAUUCGUACGUGCCCGUGCCCAUGACAGAAACUAUUUUAUGGACGUCUAUUAUAAUGUAUACGUAUGUAGCGACAAGGUAACAGAGGAAGAAAUCAGGAGAGGAUCUAAUUGCUAAUCUGAACGUAUGUACGCAUGAAACUUGGGUAUUCCGAGUUCUCUUGAAACCAUCAAACUGCUCGCUCUUCGCUUUAAGAAAACUAGCUCUUUGUACUAUUGACAAUUUGUCGUAUCUUACCAUUCCCGUUCGACUUUCUAAUGCACAAACUCUCUCCCAUCUUCCUCUGAUGUUUUAAAAAUUUUAUCUCAACACUUGGCAACGUACAUACAUCGUAUAUAAUGUAUGUAUUAAACGUAUGUGUUUUAUAUAACAUGAAAUUAAGUAACUUAUUAAUAGCGAUAAUAGUAUGUAAUACGAACAUUAAUUCAUUAAUUGGUAGAUAAAAUUUCAGGUAGCUAUACGAUUAGUAUCAGUAUACAUUGAUGUAUGUGGUAAUGAAUACAUUGAAAUUUACAAUUAACAUGAUUUCCUUCUUUAAUAUUCUCAUACCCAUACAAACUUUGUCAAGAGAUAUGUGACGAAGUAUAUCGUCAGAGGAAAAAUUAUUUUCUACAGAUACGAGUCUUAUUAAAGAUUAUUCAGUAAUACCUUUAUCGAAACGUAUAAAAAUCGUGGAUGCAUUACAUGCUAUAGAGAAAAGAAUUCUAAUCUAUAGUUGAAAAAUUCUUAUUUUUAAACUGCAAAACCGACAAUGGAAGUUAUAUACUUAUUAUCUUGUGAAAAUGAUUAAGUUACUUUAAUCGCUUUACUUGCGCCGACCAAUGCUUUAUUACAUACUUUAGAGAACACGCAAACGCAAUUCAGUUUGCAACGAGAACAGAAGCUCGACUCGACCGUUAAAGUUAACACGAUUUCGAUAAAAGAAGCGGGGAACUAUGAGAAUCUGUGUAUAAACAAUUUUUUUUUACAAUGUAUACAAUGAGAUCAACUGCGGAGUAUGAAAUAGUGAAUGCGAAUCCCGAAUGAAAUUCGAUAUUGCUUGGCAACUGCCUUGCGGACUUGCAAUGAGCGAGAGAAUAAGAAUAAAAAGAGAAAGCUGAUUUAGUGCGCUAUAUUAGCUAAUAAAAAUGUCAUACGCGAGUCGAUUGAUUUUAAUGAUCAAGUUAUAACGAAUCUCGUAUUAGUUUCGUAAAGUUUGAAUGGAACUGACUGAGAAUAAAAUGUGUACAAGGUGAAACGAGUUAUAAAUUCUAUUUUGCAUAUCGUGCACAGUAAACAAAGAACUCGGUUGAUGCGUCAUUUUCAAGAAUUAUAAUUUACGAUAAGACACUAAUUAUACUUGAUUGUAUGGUUGUAUUAUCGAUAAUUGUAUCUUAUAAACAUUGUACUUAGAACGUAAUUGUCAUAAAGAUGAUUGCUCGGAGGGCACUAUUGUCUACUCUUGCAAGGACAAGACUAGUUCCUUAUGGAAAAACUCCAUUGUUGAGCCAGAAACAAGACUUGGCCCUGUUUUUACUAGUAUGCAAGCUGUCGAGUUAUCAAGUUACGAAAAACAUUGAACAUAUUUCUCAAGACAAUGAGAUUAGAACUUUUGGCAGAGCCAAGCCGACUUUCAGCAAUAAUGAGAAUAGACCUCUGUUGGUCUUGCUUACCUGGUUGUUGGCGAAACGCAAGCACGUCAUGAAAUACGUGGAAUUAUAUACUAAGCAAGGUUUUGAUGUUAUCGUAGUAACGAUUACGCCUUGGCAAUUAUUGUGGCCUAUGAAUGGAUCAAGAUUAAUUGCUGCUGAUUUGUUAGAGUUCCUAACACGAAAUCAGAAUUAUCAGCAAAUAGUUUUGCAUGGAUUUUCAGUAGGUGGAUACAUGUGGGGAGAAGUAUGCGAUUUAGUUCAAGGCGAUCACAAAAAGUAUAACAAUGUAAUUGACCGAAUUAUUGGCCAAGUGUGGGACAGUGCAGCUGAUGUGACUGAACUGUCGAUCGGUGUACCAAGGGCUGUGUUCCCAAAAAAUGAAAUGCUUCAAACCAUGUUACGAAAAUAUAUGGAGUAUCACUUAAAAACGUUUUACAAACAAUCGACCCAGUAUUAUAUAAGGUCUAGUCAAUUAUUUCAUUCAAACUUGGUACGUACUCCUGCAUUAUUUUUCAUGAGCAAAACGGAUCCAGUUGGUCCGAUAACGAGUAAUUAUAAAGUAAAGAAUCAAUGGGACAGCUUGGGCGUAAAGACAUACGUUAAAAUAUUUGAUAAAUCUCCGCAUGUUGGACAUUAUCGUAAAUACCCGAAAGAAUACGUCGCCGAGCUUUAUGCCUUCCUGGGUAAAUUGAGUGUAAUUCAGAAUGAAGAGAAGAUGAGAACGUGCUCCUAAAUGUGUAUGAUACUACAAUUUUGUUUAAUGUAUUCUCAAGUGAUGUAUGAAACAUCUUGUCAAGUUUGCCAAAUGUUUUUGAUAUGAAUAUUCACUUUGAAAUGCAAGGAGAACCAAAGUUAUAUUUUUUUAUGAUCAUUUGGAUCUUUUGAUCUAUUUUAUUGGCCAUUAGAAUUGCCUAUAACUGUAGAAAGUCGGAUCUAAAGCUAUUAUACACUGACAUUAAAAAAAGUAUUUUAUAAA